UCUUUCCCUCCCGUCUCCUCCUCUCCCCUCCCCUGGCAGCUGUGAGCGGUGGCAGCAUCGCGGGCGGUGUCUCGUCCGCGCCCAGCUGGCGGGAGUCGAGGGACGCUGUCGGUCUGUCCGCGCUGCACGGCCCCGACAUGUUCCAGCUCCUGCGAGGCUUCGURCUGCCGGCGGCCGCCUGCGACGGGAACAGGGAUGGCGACUCCCGUUACGCCAGCCUCUUCAGGAAAUUGGACCUCAACGAAGACGGGAGGGUGGACAUCGCCGAGCUCCAGACGGGCCUYCGGGCCAUGGGCAUCCCGCUGGGGAAAGAGGCGGAGGAGAAAAUUUUGAAAGCUGGAGAUACUAACCAGGAUGGACAAUUGGAUUUUGAAGAAUUUAUGCAGUAUCUUAAAGAGCAUGAGAAAAAGAUGAAACUGGCAUUUAAGAGCCUGGAUAAAAACAAUGAUGGAAAAAUUGAAGCAUCUGAAAUUGUCCAGUCCCUCAAGAUAUUGGGUAUAAACAUUUCAGAAAAACAGGCAGAAAAGAUCCUGCAAAGUAUUGAUGCUGAUGGGACAAUGACAGUAGACUGGAAUGAGUGGAGAGAUCAUUUUAUGUUUAAUCCAGCUACAGACAUWGAAGAAAUAAUUCGAUAUUGGAAACAUUCCACUGUAUUGGAUAUAGGAGAUAGUUUGACUGUUCCAGAUGAGUUCACAGAGGAAGAGAAAAAGACUGGGCAGUGGUGGAAGCAGCUGUUGGCUGGAGGAGUGGCUGGUGCUGUCUCUCGAACAGGUACAGCACCCUUAGAUCGCCUUAAAGUUAUGAUGCAGGUUCAUGGUUCAAAGUCAAACAAAAUGAAUAUAGCCAGCGGUUUCAAGCAAAUGUUGAAAGAAGGUGGUGUCCGAUCCCUUUGGAGAGGAAAUGGUGUAAAUGUUGUGAAAAUAGCUCCUGAAACAGCUAUUAAGUUCUGGGCUUAUGAACAGUAUAAGAAGAUACUCACUAGAGAGGAUGGAAAGUUAGGCACGGUUGAAAGAUUUGUGUCCGGUUCUUUGGCUGGAGCAACAGCACAAACUUCUAUUUAUCCCAUGGAGGUUUUAAAGACCAGAUUGGCUGUGAGUAAAACAGGGCAAUAUUCGGGGAUGUUUGACUGUGCUAAGAAGAUUUUAAAAAGAGAAGGUCCAAGGGCCUUCUACAAAGGCUAUAUUCCUAAUAUUCUGGGUAUAAUUCCUUAUGCUGGCAUUGAUCUUGCUGUUUAUGAGCUCUUAAAGAGUACAUGGCUAGAACACUGUGCAUCAAGCUCUGCUAACCCAGGUGUUUUUGUAUUGUUGGGAUGUGGCACUGCUUCCAGCACAUGUGGGCAGUUAGCCAGUUACCCUCUUGCUCUUAUCAGAACACGCAUGCAGGCUCAAGCCUCGGUGGAAGGAGCUCCACAGCUAAACAUGGUUGGUCUCUUUCAAAGAAUUGUUGCUACAGAGGGACUCCGAGGACUUUAUAGGGGCAUAGCUCCUAAUUUUAUGAAAGUGCUUCCUGCUGUCAGCAUCAGCUAUGUUGUAUAUGAAAAAAUGAAACAGAAUUUGGGAAUAGCAUGAAAUGAAGGAAAAAGGUGAGAUGCUUCUAAUGUUGGAAACACCAGAACAAUGUUUUCUCAAGUAAUCUGCUCUCACAGUUAGAGACAGAUCUUUAUAGAGAGAUGCUGCAACUUCCAUAUUUGCCCUUAAAUGGGAAGAAACUUUCUUAAAUUUUUGUUCACCAUUUCUAAACAGAUACCUAUAUUGCACUUUAAAAUGUCACUGAGUUGAAAAAAAAAAUCAAGAAACUGUCUUUAAAUCAGCAGUAUAUUUUUAUUUUUAGGAAAUCUUGCAUAUUUUACUCAUUGGGUUUUUUUAAAAAUUUGUCCUUUCUAAAUGUGUAUUUGUCUUGGAUCAAACCAAAGGAAGGAGAAGUUUAUGCUGCCUUGAUGCUGAAUAUAUGAAAGUGACUUUGUUUUGUCACGCUGCCUAUACUCGAGCGAUUCACAGGCAACAUUUUGCAUGCCUAGAAGUGAGCACUUUUCUUAUUUUUGAAGACUGAAUGUUAAGUUUAUGAGAAGUAGGAUUUUGGAUACACACAGUGAUGGAGUAACACAUUAAAAUGUAGCCAUCACCUUUAUCUUCAGGCAGACCUUUUUUAUUUUUUGUUUAUUUAAAGAGCCUGAGAAACUGCUGUUCUGCGGUACUGGAAUACCUCAAAUGGAUUUACAUGGUAUUUUUGUAAUACAAUCAGCAAUUCUGGUAACUUGCUCCACUGAACCUGUUUUUCGUUGCACUUGUAAAUGCCAGCACCAUUAACCAUAGCAAAAUCUUGAUUACAGCUGCAUGUUUUACAGGAUCAUAAUACACAGGAACAGAAAAAGCUUAGGURUUAGAUCCAUUCUGUACAAGUGCAAAUUGUUUUUUAAAAACAGGGUGGAGGGUCCAGUAUUGAGCUGGUAGUAAUUGUAGUCCAGCCAAUAGCAGAGCUCUUCAUAGCUGCCUUGAAAAGAGGAAUGCUUCUCAUUUUGAACUCUCCAUUCUCUCCCUUAUUCAGAGGGCUAUAGUCCACUGUGUGCUGUUAGCCAGUAGAGGAUUGCAUUAUUACGUGAAGGUUUUUUACAGGUUUUUCUUACAAGAUCAGUCUUCGUGCACGCUGGCUGUGGGUGUGAAAUUGGGAUAGUAAAAUACUGAAGUGUUUUGUCCAAGUGACCAAGUGGCAGUGCUGACCUCAGUGCCCAUCAGAUUGAUGUUAAUGUAGCAAGCAAAGCAUGCAUGAAAACUUGUUAGUGCUUGAGAAGCAGCUCCUCCUCACAAAACAAAAAAGCAGCACUUCCUCAAUGCAGAAAGUUAGGUGUUUCCACGUACAAGUCCUUCCCAAGUGACUUCCCUUUUUUUUUU